UUUUGGUGCAGUUUCGUCCACCGAAACUCCACUGCUAACUUGCUAGGGUGUCCAUUCGCGCAGCUUCGAGAUCUCUAUUUGUUGUCAUGGCGGUCAGGACUCGAACGCGUCCACACAGCUGCGAAUAACUGAGCGAGCACCAUGCGUCACAUCCGGUCCGGAUGACUAAUCGCCGUUCGUCAUCACUGUACGAUACACAAACUCAUCCGGACUCGACAACGCGGUGCCAGAACGGUCUGUGGCCGGACAUCGCGGUCUUGUUGUCUCGCAGGGUGUCGUCUUUUUUGUACCUCGCGUAAAAAAAAAACUGGCUCUAGCGUGCCAGUUCUCCGCUCCUUGCACGUAGUCUGAGAUUGUGCACUCCGCCCUCUACCAUCGCUCUGCAGAAGGAAUACGGACGCUGUUUGCUCGGGGUCUCGGCGCGUGCUCUAGCCGUAUGUCGGAUUCUGGAGGUGCUCGAUAGUACGGAGCUUGUGGUCGCUAAGGACUGAUCGCGUCGAGGCUUUGCGAUGUGCGGGCACAUCAACCAUUGACAGCUCGCUUCGGUGGUGAAGGAGAUCAGUUUCAUACGGCAUUGAUCCCAGAGCUGGGACCUAGUGCCUCCAGCCCUUCAAUCGCUGGAGGAGCUAUCCGUGAGCUAAUUGGCUACCGUUAGCCACCUAUCCGUCUGUUAUUCCUCUUCUUGAAGCCAACACAGUGGUCAUCUCUUGGAGAGACGUCCACAUCCGUCGAAGCAGUGGGUGCAUCCACAUGCGUUUCAGCGAUAUGUUUCCUAGGUGCGGCGAUCCCCAAUUUCAACUUCUGCAGUAUGGUCCAUGUGCUGUCCUCAGGAUUUGCAUCAACAAUAUCUCCUUUUAUGCCUGUCCGGUGAAAUUUGGUACACAUGGCAGAAGAUCGUGUCCGAUCAGUUUGCGAUGGCUGCUUCCUUCUCACGAAUGCUUGCUCUCGCAGCGCUGCUCUCUCUUUUCAAUGUUGUCUCUUCCACAUGGAUCAUGCACAGGCCGGAGAAUGUAUCCGCCCAGAUUCCGCAGAGCCAGCUGCAACCUGCCUUGAAUCCCAUUGUGCACCAGGUUCAAAAGCGUACUAGGGGAAAGGCUAACAUGGCGUACUUCACAAACUGGGGAAUCUACGGAGCCAACUUCCAGCCGACGGAUAUUGUGCCUGACACACUUACUCACAUUCUUUACUCUUUCGCCGAUGUCGACCCUUCGACAGGAAACAUCUCGCUCACUGACUCUUACGCGGACAUUCAGAAACAAUACCCCGGCGACUCGUCGAGCGAGCCCGGCAACAACAUCUACGGGUGUCUCAAACAGAUGUACCUCCUCAAGCUGGCGAACCGAAGACUCAAGGUCCUGCUCUCCAUCGGUGGAUGGACUUACUCCCAGAGCGGCCACUUCAGCUUUGUCACCGACCCGGUCAUUCGAGCUAAAUUUGUCAUCAGCGCCGUGCAGAUGAUCGAAAAUUACGGAUUCGACGGGAUUGACAUCGACUUCGAAUACCCGGCCACGCCAGCUGAAGGUCAGGGCUUCGCCGAUCUGUACACCGAGCUGCGAAUCGCAUUCGACGCUUUGGCUGCCAUCAAAGGAGAUAAAACUCCCUACGAAUUGACGGCUGCCGUCUCCGCUGGUUAUGACAAUUACCAACAUCUUGUCGUUCCUCAGAUGAAUUCAGCACUCUCCUACUGGAACCUGAUGGCGUAUGACUACUCCGGAUCUUGGCUCACGUUCGCAGACAACCAGGCCAACGUCUACGGAGGUGUGCGCACCAACGCGAGCACUGAUGCUGCAAUCAAGUAUUAUAUUGCUUCCGGAGCAUCCGCGUCCAAGAUCAACAUGGGAAUCCCUCUCUAUGGUCAUGGUUUCGAGAACACCAAAGGACUCGGCCAAUCUUACAAUGGGAGCCUUGCAGAGCGGUCCGGGAACACUGCAAGCCGGGAUCUAUUCCUACAAGGCACUCCCUUGUUUGUACAUUCCUCUGCCCAGCGACGGAGAAAACUCAAGUAUCUGACAGUGGCCGGCGCCCAUGUUUUCGAGAACACCACAGACAUCAGCUCUUACAGCUACGAUUCGGUCACUGAGGAACUUAUUAGCUACGAUACUCCGGACAUCGUCAAAAUGAAGGCCCAGUACAGCGUCAGCAAAGGAUUGGCUGGCUCCAUGUUCUGGGAACUGUCCACUGACAAAGUGGGCUCCGAAUCGCUGGUCGGCAUCAGCGCCAACGUGUUCGGUCACCUCGACGAGACCCAGAACCACAUCAGGUAUCCCUCGAGCUCCUGGGACAACAUUCGCUCCAACAUGGGGCAAUCGCACCCGACUACUACUGCUGGUGACUGGGUGGCGUCCCUCUCUCUCUCAUUCCGGGAUUGCCCAUCGCCGAGGUACACAGAUCCACCCAUGGCACUGUGGAAGUCGAUCACGGGCCAGAAAUUUGCAGCCUUGGAGCCGCCCUCAGCUAUCGGCUCUGCAUACAACAUGUCGUUAAACCUGAGCUCGAUCAUCAUGCUACCGUCCAGACUUCUGGCGCGACUGCGUCAGGCGGACGACCUUCUGUCUCCACCAUCGGUGCUCUACGACCCCGAGAGUGUCAAUGUUCCUCCUCCCCUGGCGUCCGUUUCUACCAAGGCCCCAGCCGGUCCCAUGUUUCCGGGGCCGUAUGGGUUCUUCCUCUCAGGGUAUAUGCUGGGGUUGAUUCUCUUGGCUAUCCUUCUGCAUCGUAUCCAAAACAUCGUUCUGCCAUCUCGCACAUCGCUCUUUCGCAGAACGCGGCCGUUGUCGAGACAUGGCGCCUUCCGGCGGUUGUACGCACAUAUUCUCCCUCUUGAUCUCACGAACUCCACAACCCGACUUGCGCUCCAGCUGCCGACGCUUUACUAUAUGAGCCGGACGCUCGUGAUAUGGGUGGUCAUGCUGCUGCAGACUUCACGUUAUUAUCCGUCGUGGGAAUCUGGCUAUGUCUACUCGUUGGGUCAGUGGGUCCAGGGCCUGGAGGUGUCGAAUGUGUGCUGGUGGACUUUCUGUUCGAUAUGCGCGACAUUCUCUGUGGAAGCGUUCAUCCGCAGUCUGGAUGGAAGCGGACUGGGUCUGUUGCAGAUGAAUCCGAACACGUCACCGUUCAACUUGAUUGGCUACGCGUUUCUCCUGCACAUUUAUUCGUCGCGGGUGACCCACAUCUAUCGGCCUGCGUCCUUACCCUCGCGCCCGGACGAGCAUGUGAUCGCGGUGAUGACUAUCCCACUAAUACAACUCACGAUCUUCCACAUCUUGGCCGUUCGACAACGAUGGUCGAGGCAUCGCUUGUUUCCGACUGCCCUGACCUCUCUCCUGUCCCUGGCUCACUUCCAUUCGACAGUCUACUCCCAACUCCACAGUGUUCAGAAUAUGUUCAGAGAGGACCUCGGGAAAGCUACGUCUGAGUUGAUGCCUCCCACUACGACUGUUUCCGGAGAGUUCGCGCGGCCAACGGCUCCCCCAGCGCUCGCGAGCGACCCCAUGUCGAUAUACUUCCGACCUGUGGAGGCCUCGGUCUACCCGCUGCUCAGCUAUCCGAACAUUUUUGAGACUCUCCUACUGUGCACCAUCGCGAUGACCGUUGUCCUGAAUGCCGUCACACAGCUCGCAGUGACGGGCCGUGUGUCACGACCGCUGAUCGGGCUGGGCAUUCCCUCUGGUGCAGACUGGACUCUCCCGUACGAGGAGGAUUGGGGUGUCGUGCUUCUGCGAAUUGGCACAGCCUCGCUCGAGGCUACUGGUCUCCGCGGCUGGGGAAACGAGCUGCCCGGGAUCUUUGUCGGUCCACGCGCUGCCGAGUUCCCCGAGUACGGCCAAGCCAAGCUGGCGGGCAACGGGGCUGUGAUCGUCUCCUCUGGGUUUGGUCCGGUAGCUCUCGGACAACGCCAUCCGCGCCGGGGGCUGACAAACGAAGUGCGCGAUGUGAACGUGGCGAGUGCCCGCCCUUGGUCGUUUGUGACACGCUUCGUCCAUGUCCGUUGGAUCAAAGCCGCCAUCCGCUUUCUCUUCGUCGCCUGGUCCUCUGGACGGAACCUGCUGGUUGGAUCCUGGCGGUUCGUAGUAUCCGGGGGCAGGACCAAGAUGUGGAAGCGGGCUGGCGAGAAAGCAGGGGACGUGGCUCCCGGCCAUGAAACUGAUGAGCAGGACGUCGAAGCUGAACUGGACGAUGGAGACGCCAUGUAUCAACGUUUUCUCCGGCAGGAUCCCAUCAGCGACGACGACGAGUCUGCUGAGGAAAACGACACUGGAGAUAUCUCUGAAGAUGAAGCAGAGGAUGCGAACGUAGGGAUGGAGGCUGCUGAUCUGUUCUCAGAUCUCUCUUCUGCUCCCUUGCUUCUCGCCCACAUGAGCUCUACAGACUCUCCACUGACCAGACAGCGUUACGGGAGCUCGAAAGAACAACCACGAGCAGCGUCACCAACACCCGCUGUUGUCCCCGACACCGACCCAGCGACCGAGAGCCGACGGAACUGUGUCAUUUGCACCGUCGAGAAUCGGGAGAUUGUUUGCUGGCCAUGCCGGUGCCUGUCAAUGUGUGACGCUUGUCGCGAGAGCCUCUCGGCCAGGUCAGCCGCUCACAAGCACCGGUGUCCCUGCUGCCGCCAAACACUCAUCCUAGUCGAUUCGACGCGAGCAGGAAAACGGAUCCCUGACGCUUUGUCCAAGACCGUGCCGAUCUGGUGCGCCGUUGUCAACCGCGCCGUAGCCCUCCGCUUUCCUGAGGAAGAGGAAGCGCGGACGUGGAAAACGACAACGGGGCUGUACACUCCCCCCGGGGCCGUCAGCGCGCAGGAGCACGAUCAGAUCGCUGCGCGCGUGGAGUCGUGGGCCGUCGGGCUGGCGGCGUCGUCCUACACCCUCCCGGAUCUACCGCGGCCACUUCGUCCGCUGUGGAUCACCCCCGCCUCGGGGGCGUUUCCGUCCCCGCCAUCCGAGUGUAUCCCCGUCAUCUGUGUGUCUGCAUCGCGUCAGGCUGCCCUCGACCGGAGGACCGGAGGGUACGCAUACGUCCAGGGCUCAGGGGACGAUCACGAGCUAUGGGGCAUGGGUCUCGAUCCAGACAUCUUUUGGCGGCAUCAAUCUGAACUUUUGAACGCGUCGAGGCUCGAACUCCCCCAGCUCGUGCAGACAUUGGUCGCCAAUCGUGUACAGGAUGCUGGGAGUCUCUGCAAGCUCAGCCGCAUUGAGCGGGUGCAGGGUCGGAUCAGCAUCGCCGCCAUCUCAGAUCUGACGCUUGACACUCCAGUUGCCCUUGCCCCCGGGAAGAAAGGACAGCUGCAUCUCCUUCAACAAGUGCUUCCCCAAGCCAUCGCGUUCGCCAAGAAAAAUCUCUCCAGUGGACUGCGACUGUGUAUUGCAUGUCGAGACGGAGUGGACACGAGUCCUGGAGUCGCACUGGCUGUGUUACAGUCGUUCUUUGACGACCAGGGUGAUUUCACGGCGGAACCCAGUGCGAUCAUAUCCAUCCCCCCCACGUCAUCUGAACUGAAUGGCAGUCCAGGACCCGCAAAUAAACAAACCAUCCGAACGAGACUGGAAUGGAUCGUCGCCAGCCGACCCGAAGCCAAUCCCGCUCGUGUCACGCUUAAACGCGUCAACGAAUUCCUGCUGACCUGUCGAUGA